AUGAAGCCAUCAAGAAAUACGGUUGAAAAUACUACUCAGGACGAGGACCGUGCUGCCUUUGAGGCAUUUGGACAAAGCUUUCUCGCCCAGUUUGGCCCAUUGCCACCGAGUAAAAAGCGCAAGGCAGACACGCAGCUCCAGAAGCCGGUCUUGAAGAAGGUUCAUGUACCUGAAUCUCGUGAAGAGGAGAUGUUGAGCGAGGGAACGGGUUCAGAAGACGAUACAGAUUCCAACAGCGAUGACGAAAUUGAAGAUGAAGAAGGCUCUAUUCCAACACAAGACGAUGAAGAAGAGAUUGACCCCAAGCGCGCAGUCCCUGUCAUUGUGUUCGACGGGAGACAGAGUGCAAGAGAAAAGAGACAAGUGGACAAAUCUUUCAUGUCUUCGAAGAUUUCAAAGCUACGACAGACCGAAACAAAGGCAUCCACAUCCAAAACAUCGAGGAAGGAGAAGCAAGAAGAAGUGGAACUCCAAGCCAAUGACCGUAGCCUGUACAAGCUGAUUCACACUAAACUGCUCACGGCCUCCCUCGACGAACGAUCUUCAGAUAUGAGUGGUGCCAAGAAGAAAAAAUCACUCGAAGGGCGCGUGCUCGAGAUAGCCAACGCCGCCAAACUGGGCAAGGGAGAAACGACUGUCCGAAGAAAGGAGCACAGUAAAGCGCCGAGGAUAAUACAAAAGGGGAUAGAAGCAAAGAGAAGGCAAAUAAACGAGAUGAGAGUUCAAGAGGCAAAGGAGGCAGGCAACUAUCACCCUAUGAUCAAGAAGCUAUUAAAAGAUGAUGACACACCAAAUAAGCGGAUAAAACGAGAAAGGGGAAUCGGAAUGGGUGUCGGCUCAUUCAAGGGGGGAAUUCUGACCCUCGGCAAGCAUGAAAUACGAAAGGGACAAGGGAUCACGGCCUUUGAUAGUAAAAGAGGUCGAAAGUCGAGGAAAUAA